AUGGAUCAUGAUAUAAAUGAAUAUGAACUCAUUCCAAAAACUAUUAGGCCUUUUACGGCAGCAAGAGAAGCAAAAGAGAUUCAUUUUGAAAGAUCUAUUAUUGUCAGUGAAGAUGACAUACUGUUGCAUAGGAAAUUAAACAAAAAUCAACUAAUUGCAUAUAAUCUGAUUACUGAAAGGAUAUUUUCAAAUAAAGCAGGUGCCUUUUUUAUAGAUGGUCCCGGAGGAACAGGGAAAACUUUUUUAUACCGGGCUUUAUUGGCAACUAUACGAUCUAUGGGAUAUAUAGCUUUGGCAACAAUUACUUUUGGUGUUGCUACUUCUAUUCUUUCAGAUGGACGUACUGCACAUUCACAUUUCAAAUUUCCUAUUGACAUCGAUGAAAAUACCAGUUGUAACAUUAGCAAAGAAAGCUCACUUGCAGGGUUAAUCCGAGAUGCAAAAUUGAUUGUGUGGGAUGAAUACCACCAAAAGAAUUGCUCAGUGGGCUUAGCACUGCACAGAGGAGAGAAAGAGGCCUUUUGCAAAGUGAGACAUUGCAAUACUUCAGAAGGAUGCAGCUUUUGCAAGCGUAAUGUUCUGAUACACGAAAUGGACCUUCCCACUGCCGCACUUCGACAAGGGGAGAGCUCUAUAAAUGACAACAACAAUGUGGUUCCAAAUUCACCUUGCCCAAAUAAGAGUCAAUCAGAUAUGCAGUUCCCAAUAGAAGCAUAUUACUGA